UCCAAUGUCGUCAUAGCUAUGUCAAGCUCAUUGCGGUACUUGUAGGCGUACAUUCCGCCCCAAAGGUACGAAAAGAGCGACUGGGCAAAAGUGUACUUCCAAGUUCCAGCUCCAGGCUGAACCCCCUCGACCGGGCGUCAAUUCCACGCGAUACGCGAAUUUUUGUUUCGCAACGCUGGUCCUCAGGUUGUGAGAGAAAAGUCGAGUCUCGUUUCAACAGAAACAGUUUGACCGUGGUACCGUUGCCGACAGAAGCGCUUUGAAGUGUCCCAAAGUCAACUCAGUUGCUUCCCGAGCCUUCCGCAACCCGACUUCUUGACCGUGGAUAGAAGUCUAAAGCCAUUUUGUCAAUGCUUUAAAAACCGUCGUCUAUGCGAUUAGUUCGGCAAAGACAGAAACACCUACCAUGGGCACUGUUGUGCAUAGCAACGGUGGUCAUCUGGGUGAGGCACGUAGCGCAAAGUACCUCACUCACCUCCGGACGAAUCGCUGAAUCUGAACCCGAACCCAAUCCAAAUGUUAAGGCUCGCGUGCUCAAAAGGGAAACUGGACGAAUUAUUGCGCUGGGGCUGUGGGCAAGGAUGCUGUAACGGCUGCCGCAUCUUUGGAUAAUUGAACCGUCAUCAAAUCGCUGCCGGAGCGUCCUUCCAGAAGUCCCUUUACAAUCUCCAGUUUACAUACGAGCCUGCCGGGCCAUAGGCUAGUUGUCAGCUAGAGCUUGGAGUUUCGUAGACCAGCGGCCUGGUCCCAUGUUGUUAGCAAUAAGUCCGAGUCCAACCUCCCGGAUGUAUGGCUCGACUGAUGGUAUAGUUAAAGAGCUCAACUGAGUUCCGGGAGUGUAUUUCCGAUAGACAAGCAAGCUCCAAGUAGCAACGAUUCUUCGAAUGUUAAAAUCUUGUUCAGCACAAAGCAAGCUCUCAUAACUCUCUAC